ACAUGAUGACACAUAUAUUAAUAUGUCAAAAAAUAAUUACACUUUAUUAGUGGGGUUUAAUAAAAUCUCCUGUUGACAGCACAGGUCUGACAAGCGAGCAGAGGUGAUGCUGCAGUAGCAGAUGUGCAGUCAGUCUGUAAUGAUGAGGCUGAAAACGACGUGAGGGACGCUGUUGACACACUUUAUGUGUGUGGCACACAGUUUUUCAGGAAGUCAAGAAAGCGAAGGCAGUGGACGACAUGUUUUUGACCGCAUUAACGUUUUUUUUCCUGCAGCUAAACGGGACUUGUAACGGCUUCCUGUCGAUGAUCGUGGAGGUGGAUCGACGUGUCUGCACUAACGGGUCGCGAUGCUAACUCGCUAGCUUGAUCUUUCAUGUUUGUUCCUCUUAGAUGUUAUUGUUAAACGUUGCAAUUUAGACAAGACGGACAAAACUCUUCCUCAUUCGCUUAGGUUUUUUUUAUAACCAGAUUAUUGCAACGCGACUUGACUUUAAAAGGCUUUCUGCUGAUUUAGUAAGUGACUGCUAGCUAAAAUGAGUGGAGCUGAUUAACAAAACAUGGGUUUUAUAUGGAUGGAGGCAUGUAGCAGGGAACAUGUGAAUGAUUAACCAAACAAACAGUUUGAGGUUAAUAGGAAAUAGUUGGGGGAUGUCAAGCCAUUUGCAUACAUCUGUUGUUUUAAAGCGGAAAACUUUUGCGUACUGGUAGCUACAUAGUUAAAACACAUUCAGUAAUGAUAUAAAUAAAAGUGGAAUCCUGUUAGGUCGUCGCCUAAUCUAAUCAAACCUGAUCUAAUUUAAUAGGAACAGUAAACUAUAUCAGUUUUUUUCUUGUUUUAUUAAACAGAUCUCGUUUUUUUCAGCUCCUACUUGGGUAAAAUGAGUCUUAGUUGGCCCGUAAAGCGCUGUCACCUUUAGGGUUUAGCUCUUAACGAUCAACCAUGCGCCUGUCGACGUUUUUGGCCCUCUUCAGGCCUGCUUUGCCCCUCAUCCUGGGGCUGUCUCUGGGGUGCAGUCUCAGCCUUUUGAUGGUGUCCUGGACCCAAGGGGACACGGACGACCCCUGCGGAGACGAGCUGGCCAAAGGUGGGCUCUUCCUGGGCAGAAGAGACGCUCAGAGAGGAGGAAGAGAUGGAGCUGGAGAGGAGGACUUCCAGCCACGAAUAGUUCCCUAUCACAAGGACCCAAACAAACCACACAAGAAAGUUCUCAGAACUCGAUACAUCCACACUGAGCUGGGCAUCCGGGAGCGGCUGCUGGCGGGCGUCCUCACGUCUCGGGCCACCCUCAGCACGUUAGCCGUGGCGGUGAACCGCACGGUCGCCCAUCACUUCCACCGAACCUUUUUCUUCACGGGCCUCCGCAGCCCCAAGGUGCCACACGGCAUGACCGUGAUCGCCCACGGCGAUGACCGGCCGGUGUGGCUGAUGUACGAGACGGUGCGGCACCUCCACCAGCACUACGGCUCGGAGUAUGACUGGUUCCUGUUGGCGCAGGAUGACACUUACAUGCAGGCUGGCCGCCUAUCGGAGCUGGUGGGCCACCUCAGCGCAGGUCAGGACCUGUACAUGGGCAGGGCUGAGGAGUUUAUUGGCGGGGAGGAGAAAGCGCGUUACUGCCAUGGCGGCUACGGCUACCUCCUGUCCCGCAGCCUGCUGGCGCGACUGCAGCCGCAUCUCGACACCUGCCGCAACGACAUCCUGAGUGUGAGACCGGACGAGUGGCUGGGCCGCUGCAUCAUCGACUAUCUGGGUCUGAGCUGCAUGGAGGUGCACCAG